AUGCUUGAUUUCAGGUAUAUCUUACUGCUCUCACUAACUCUGAGCAGUGCAGUGCUCGGUAGCCAGAAACAAACAUGCGAGAAGACUACUGUCGCCAUUCUUGGUGGUGGUACGGCUGGUAUCACGGCAGCUCAAUCCCUGAGCAACAACUCUAUGCAUGACUUCAUUAUUCUCGAAUACAACUCCGACAUUGGUGGCCGCUUGCGACAUACUACUUUUGGACAGGCCGUAGAUGGAAACCCACGCACAAUCGAAGUCGGUGCAAAUUGGAUCCAGGGUCUGGGAACACCAGGUGGUCCACAAAAUCCCAUCUGGCUUUUGGUAGGAUAUAUAGUCGGGCAUAUUCAAGAACGUUAUUCGAAUGUCGCUGACACUCUACGACCAAUACCAAAGGCCCAAAAGUAUGGCGUGAACAGCACCUACUCCAAUUACAGCUCGAUUUUGACAUAUGAUGAGACUGGUUAUAAUGACUAUUCUCAACUUUUCGACACCUUUGGUCAUGUUUAUACAACUCUCGAAGAGCUGGCACCGAAAAAAGACAUGAAGAUGCAAGCCGUAGAAUGGUGGGAAUGGGACUGGGAGUAUGCCUACGAGCCCGAUCAAAGCUCGUUGGUAUUUGAUAUCAUGAAUUAUAACACGUCGUUUUGCCAGUGGUCGAAUGAAAAUAACUUCGUCUGGGAUCAACGCGGAUUCAAUACUUGGCUCAAAGGCGAAGCAAGCACUUUCUUAUCUGAUAAUGAUGAGCGGCUCCACCUCAAUACCAUCGUCACCAAUGUUACCUACAGUGGCACAGGACUGACGAUCACCGAUAGCCAAGGGAACUGUUUUGAGGCAGAAUAUGCCAUUUGUACUUUCUCUGUCGGCGUCCUCCAAAACAGAGCUGUCAGCUUCGACCCCGAGUUUCCUGGAUGGAAGCAGGAUGGGAUUGCUACUUUUGACAUGGGCACCUACACCAAGAUUUUUCUUCAAUUCUCACCGGACGAAGUUUUCUGGCCUAAGGACACACAGUACUUUCUCUAUGCCGACCCUAAGGAGCGCCGGUGGUAUCCAGUAUUUCAAUCGCUUGACACUCCAGGAUUCCUCGAGGGCUCGGGCAUUAUAUUUGUAACUGUGGUCCACGACCAGGCUUAUCGGGUCGAAGCCCAGACCGACGGCGAAACCAAAGAUCAAGUCAUGGCUAUACUCCGGCACAUGUUCGGUGCUGACAAGGUCCCAGACCCAAUAGCAUUUAUGUAUCCACGUUGGAGCCUGGAGCCAUGGGCAUAUGGCAGCUACUCAAACUGGCCGAAUGGGGUCAGCCUGGAGAUGCAUCAAAACCUACGCACAAAUGUUGGUCGUCUUUACUUUGCCGGUGAAGCAACAAGCACGGAGUAUUUUGGGUUUUUGCAAGGGGCGUGGUACGAAGGGAAAAGUGUUGGACGCCUAUUAUGCGCCACUACAUAG